UCCCAGUCUCCUUGUACUUCUUCCACUGACAGCAGGUGGGGUGGGGACAUGGGUUCGUAGCCAGCUCUGGACUUGCUUCUGGCUGAUGGUGUGACACUCAUAAAUCAAGGGCAUCAGGGUGUCGGAAAUGGGUCUAUGGAAUGUCUGGGUGGGUGAGCCAUCAAUUCUUAGGGAUGAGGAUGUGGGGACAAGGUGGGUGGGACCCCCAUGGCUUCCCUGGGACAUGGAAGUGAUUUUAAUCCCCAGGACAGGCAGGGAAUAAAUUGAGGGCACCAAAGCCUCUCGGCAUCCUGGGACCUGCCUGUCACAAUGGCUGCAGGAAGACUUCGGAUCUUGUUUCUGCUGCUCCUGUCCUUGCACCUGGGCCUUGGCUGGGUCCUUGAUCUUCAAGAGGCUCCUGCGGCAGAUGAGCUCUCGUCUGGGAAAAUGGCAGAGACUGGAAGGACCUGGAAGCCCCAUCAGGGUAACAACCAUGUCCGCCUUCCAAGAGCCUUACCUGGUUUGUGCCGGCUGUGGAGCCUGACCCUACCAGUGGCUGAGCUUGGCCUGGGCUAUGCCUCAGAGGAGAAGAUUAUCUUCCGAUACUGUGCUGGCAGCUGUCCCCAAGAGGCCCGUACCCAGCACAGUCUGGUGCUGGCCCGUCUUCGAGGGCAGGGUCGAGCUCAUGGCAGACCUUGCUGCCAGCCCACCAGCUAUGCUGAUGUGACCUUCCUUGAUGACCACCACCAUUGGCAGCAGCUGCCUCAGCUCUCAGCUGCAGCUUGUGGCUGUGGUGGCUGAAGGCGGCCAGCCUGGUCUCUCAGAAUCACAAGCAAGAGGCAGCCUUUGAAAGGCUCAGGUGACGUUAUUAAAAACUUGCAUAGGAGAAGAUUAAGAAGAGAAGGGGC